AUGCUUACUCAAGAGGCGUUUGCCACGGUGAAUGGGAAGUAUGAUGCUAUAAAAGCCCGGAACCCUAAAGCGGAAACCCACUUCGUCUAUGCGGUCAAAACCACCGGAAUCGUUUGCAGGCCAACAUGUUCAGCCAGAAUCCCACUGUUGAAAAAUGUCACAUUCUUCAAGACCACUCAGGAUGCAGUCGAGGCUGGAUAUCGGCCUUGCAAGAAAUGUAGGCCGCACCUUACAAAAAGAUGGAACAAGCAGCGGGAGAUGGUCCUAGAUUUCCUUAACUUGGUGAGCAGAAUGAAAAAUGACGGUCAAACGGUAAAAGAUUUCAAAAUCGCACCCAUAGCACAACAGCUACAUAUUUCGAAGUGGCAACUCAUCAAGGUUUUCAAGCGCUAUACUGGCACGACGCCCAUGAAGUAUAUCGAGGGCCUUUUGAGUGGAAACAGGGCCUUGUUAGAGGGUGCGAUUCCUGUGGUAGAAACUAAGAGAAACUGGAUCAUGUCGCAGAAUUCCAACCAACACGAAAUCGGGGCAUCAGAUAUGUUUCCUCCAGCUGACAUCAACUACCCGUUGGGCGACGACUGGCUGGAACAGUUUUUAUGGAUUCCGGAAACACAUUCUGGUUGA